GAAUCUUGUAGUGUUUACAUCGAAACUUUGUAUUUUACUACACAUAUUCCCAAAUUCCCAGCCGCAAUAACUGCUCUUGUGAUGCUUUAAAGUAUUAUUUAUAAACAUAACAGUAGCUCCACGAAAUGGUCUGUCUAGGUUUAGUCGUUUACGGUUUAGACCAUUGACCUUGUAUUGCAGAUUGUAAUUUGUAUAGACAAUCGGUCGCACAUCCUGGUCAGGCUAUCAUAACACUAUUCACUAUUACAGGAGCCAUCAUAACAUUGUCUAACUUGCCCUUUGCCCAAGGAAGUGAUAGAUACUGUAACUGAGUGAUAAUAGAGUGAUUGUUAUUAUUGUGUCACGUCACGUGUACAGUACUGAGUACAGCACAGUGUAGUAGUGUUAAAACGAACGUAACGAUGAGUUCGAAUAGCAGCAACCCCGAUGAUACCCUGCAAUCGUUGCAAGAAAUGUUUUCUGGUAAAUUAGACCCGGAUACCGUACAUAUGAUUCUCUCUGAGUGCCACUUUAACGUUGACGAAGCCAUCGAAACUCUGUGCAUGUUGGCGAGUGCUUGCGAGGAGCAGCACUUGUUAGAUGAACAGCUCGGCGAUGCGAAUGAUGGAGAAUGUCCACCAGAGCGCGCCACAGAUGGCAGCGUCAAACCUCGUUCUGUGGUCAGUGACACGGCGCCGGCUCGGUCGGACGACGUGGGCGGUUAUCAGAUUCUGCACGUAGGAGCAGAUUGUGUGGAUGACGGUGCAUCGCAGCUGUUGGCUGCGAGGCCAAGUAAUGCUCAGAUGGAGGCGGGAGAACACAUCGCACAGUGCGAGGUUGCUGCGGCUGGUGAUCGAGAAUGUCCAGGAAUAAACACCAAGCAUCACCCUUGUCAAGGGAGCGAGGCUGAUACUGAGGAAGAUGGCUCACAACCACACACCACCCUCUCGGCCACCGCUUGCUCGUUCCAACCACGAUCCGGUCCUUCGGUUUAUCCACCCGGAGCAGCGCCGCGCUACGAGUCUCCGGUUUUUUACGGCGUGCGCGGGUUUUUGCCGCCCCACUUCGGACACCCGACCCCGUACGUGUUGCGCGGACGUGCCCCGUACGACGUGCGGAUGCAGUAUCAUGCGGCACCUCACGACGGUCUGCUACGAGACUUUGCACUUCGAACGUCCGUGCCAGAAGAUUGGCUUCAUGGCAUACACGCGAACCAGGGGAAGCAUAAGAAGAAGAAAUCGACAAAUGUGACUACGCCUAUCGCGAUACUCUCUGAGGAGGAUCGUAACCGAUCGAGUGUGGGUGCUAGCGGGUGUUGUGUGCCGACAGCCCCCGCCGCGUCUCGUCCCGUGCAGACGUUUGCGCAGCUUGCGAGUAGACUUCACGCGUCACAGCCGGACGCGAAGGCCAAGGAAGGUACGCCACUUCGGAGAAAAACGGUCGCGAAAGCUCUGCUGAAGUGUUCGAGAGAAUUUCUGAAGAAACACGGAGCGAAGAGACAUGGCGUGUGGACGGCCGAGUCGAUUGAAUUAGCCCUGCAUGCUGGAGGUUUCAAUUCGCAAGCGGAGAGAAAAGUGGCCAGCUAUAUGUUGAAUGACAUAAAGCUAUUGGUUCUCAUGAGAGGGUGCCCUGGCAGCGGUAAAACAACUCUAGCAAGUAAACUGAAGCAUGGUGGUGUCAUACUCAGCACGGAUGACUAUUUUGAAGGCAAAAAAGGAUACAAGUUUCAGGGUAGUCAAUUGGAGGCAGCACAUGAGUGGAAUAAAUGUACAGCAAAACAGUUUAUGUUGGAAGGCAAGUCACCAGUGAUCAUUGACAACACAAACACCCAGGCGUGGGAAAUGAAGCCUUAUGUUGUAUUGGCACGUCAGCAUCGAUAUGCUGUAGAAAUGAUUGAACCAAUGACAUCUUGGAAAUUCAAAGCCGGGCAGCUAGCAAAGAAAAAUUCCCAUGGCGUUACCAAACAGUCCAUCGAGAAAAUAAUCGGAAGGUAUGAGCGGAACAUCACCAUCAGUGAUGUGAUGGCACAGACGACCGCGGCCGAGAUGGCACCACAGAAAAAAUCUGCCGACGCCGUUUACUCCAAGGAUUCCUCCUCGACUGCUAAAGCAGCGAAGCCUAGUUGUGCGUCUGCCAAAAAAGCAAAACCUGCUGUGGCCAGCCACGUGCAAGGACGUGUGCACAAAUCAAAGCGGAGUAAGAAAGCGAGUAGGAAAUGUAACAGUAUGAGCCCAGCAUCGGUCGUCAUAGAGACGAGUGCCUCUGUAAGUGUCGCCUGUGUUGCGGUGGGCACGGACGCGCACGCCGAUCGAUCUCUCAGCCCUCGUUCAAUGCCUGGUGGUGAAACCCUAGAAAUAUAUAGUAGCGACACGGACGAGACAGGGUCAGAUGGAAGCGAUAGUUUUCAUGCAGCUGAGGAUUGUGAUGACAAUGUGGGCGAAAAUGUAGAUAGUGAUAAAGAUAUCUUAAGCUGUGGAGGUGUGACAGAGAAAAUACAUGGUGGAGGCUGUAAAGAAAUAAAACACGAAGUAGAUGCUACAAGUACGGGAGAAGUACAGGAAAGAAUAGAUGCUAUAAGUAAGGAAGGAGAGAGGAAAGGAAUGGAUGACAUAUGCUGUUCUAAAGCAAAGCAAAUUUUAGAUAUUUUAUACGCUUUAGAAGGAGAUGAAGGUAUAGAUGAGAAAAGUGAGGGCAAACUAAAGGAAGGAAUAGAUGACAUAAGUAAGGGCAAAGUAAAUGAAGGAACAGAUGAAAUAAGCUAUGGAGAUAUUAAGGAAGAAAUUAAUGUUAUAACUAGUGGCAAAGUGAAAGAGGAAGGCAAUGGUAUAAGUUCUUCAGAAAUAAACGAAGUUAUGGGUAAUUUAAUCUGUAGAGGAGUAGUUGCAGGAAUAGAUAAUGUAAGCUGUGGACGAAUAAAUGAAAAAAUUGAUUAUAUAAACUAUAGUGAAGAACAUGGAGGAGUAAAUGAUGACAUCUAUCAAAAAAUAGGGGAAGGCAUAGUUAGGGGAAAUAGUGGAGAACUGAACGAGGAAAUGGGGGAAGUGAGCUCUGCCAAUGCAGAAGUAAUUACAGAUAAUAUAGCCUAUGGCGAUGUAAAGGAAGAUGUAGGUGAUCUAGGUUGUGAAGAAGUGAAGAAUAAAGUAGAUGAUUGUAGUUGUGGAAUACAAGCUGGAAUUGACGGUACAAGCUCAGAUGAAAUACAAAAAGUAAUUGACGAUACAAGCUGGGGUGAAAUUCAAGAAGGAAUUGAUGGUACAACUUGGGGAGAAAUACGAGAAGGAAUUGACGGUGCAAGCUCGGCUGAAAUACGAAAAGGAAUUGACAAUACAAGUUCGGUUGAAAUUCAAGAAGGAAUUGACGAUACCAGCUGGGGAGUAAUACAAGAAGGAAUUGAUGGUACAAGCUCAGGUGAAAUACAAAAAGUAAUGGAUGAUACAAGCUGGGGAGUAAUACACAAAGGAAUUGACGGUACGAGCUGGGGUGAAAUACGAGAAGGAAUCGAUGAUACAAGCUGGGAAGAAAGCCAUCAAUCGACGACCGAGAAGAAGCAGCGAGCCAAUAAAGAAGAAAGCGAGGCCGUGGGCGACGUUCUUGCGCCGAUGCCGCAGCGCAGGAAGGCCAGAGCAUGCGCGAGCACCGCCAUGCGAGAUCUUGCGAGUGCACUGCUGCCACAGCCACAAGGAAAAGGCAAACCGGCGAGCGUGUCUGUGAACGAGUUACCUGGCGGAGAUCCAUGGUCGAUGCCGGCGUUUCCCGCUUGGCAGGGUGUGACGCUGCGAGCUGUCGGGCGCGAGAUCAACGCGGAGGGAAUCAACGACGGCAACGGUGGCGCCCCUCGGUGGCGGGACGGCGUCGCGCACGCCGCCACCAACACGUACGGCGUUGACUUUCGGCUGCUCGAGAGCGUCGAGGCUGGUGUCGCGGGGCUGCAGCGCGUGCGCACGCUUGUCGCGCGCGCCCGGACUCUCGGCCCCGGUGCGAUGCCUGACCCGCCGGGUCAUCUGGCGGUGGCGGAGUCGCCCGUUCGGCUUCGCGGCUGGUCACCGAAGAAGCAUGCGUUGUUUCCCGACGAGGCGAUGCUAGGGGUCGCCGCCACUCAUCCGGCGAUCGCGCUGAUGCUCGACAAGGGAUGCUCGACCGAGGACGACAACACGGGCGGAGGAGGAGGUGAAGGAGGAGGAGGGGAGAGUGUCGCGUUCCUACAAGCAUGCUUUCCGGACGCGCGCGAGGAGGACCUGCGAGACGUCGUCGAGAAGUGCGGCGGCGACGUCGACUGGGCGAUGAAUCUUGUGCUCGAUGACUCCGGCUUCCUCGCGCACGGCGGCCCCCUGCAGUCGGAGGUGACGUGGGACAUUACGCAGGUCGAAGCAGAGGUGGAUAAAUCCAUAGGCGCCCCCGAUCAAUCGGAGGCAGAGGGGAGCAUUGCGCAGGUCGAAGCUGAGGUGGAUAAAAACGUCGGUGCCACGGGAGAAUCUCGGUCGGCUCUGAACGCGUUGAUGGAGACGUACGAGUCGGACAGUUUCGACGAGGAGGAGGAUGAUGACCCCAGCUGUCCACCAUGUUCAGUCGGAAUGCCGCCGCCUCUGCCGGGGGCGAAAGUACCGAUUCUUUCUAACUGCUCGGAACCAACCGGGAGGAUGCCUGGCAUCGAGCUAAAUUUGAGUAGUGUCGGCGACGGUCCCCUGCCGAUGUCGCCGCCGCCGCUCGCCAUCAUGUGCGAGGAUGUCAUCUUCUCGGAGAAAGGGUCUGAGUUUUUACGUGACGCGAGCGUCGGCGGCGAGGAAGAAGAAGCAGCGCUGAAGGGCCUCGACGUGUGGGCGGAGUCGGCGAUGCACCGGCGCCCUCUCGCAUCGCCCGUGGAAACAGAGCAGAGCAAAGCUCUGCAGGGUUUUCCACCAGAGGGCGUAGAUGUCGUUGGCGAUGUCGAUGUCAACGAAAAUACGAAUAACAGUAACGCCGUGCCGUCGUUGUAUCCUUCGUUAGACGUGGAUGCUGGCAGGUGUCGCGGCGAGGCGCUGCGCAUGGGACCGAUGCUGACGGGUCAAAGUUCAAGCGGGAGGAGCACAGAUGCAGACGAAUCGGAUUUUAUUUUAACUCUGGAUGUCGAAUCGGCUGCUAGUUUGCAGCAGGUGUUUGGACCUAUAGGAUUCUUUGCCUCUACCGGUAAGCUGGAAGCAAAGCAUCGACGCGUCUUGCUUCCCGUCCAGUUGGCCGCGCAGAUUUAUCAGCACUGGGCGGUGACUCAGAUGUCCAGUAUCCUACAGGAGGCCAUCACGCCGGACCACAUCACAGCAGAUGAAGUAUUAGCAUAUCAGCUCCAAGAUGAGGAAAACAGAAAGGGAGAAGAAAAGCACACAAUACCGCUGCCUCCCACUAAACUUACAGAGAUCAUGGAUGAAGAGCUAGCAUGGCAGUUGUGCAGAGAGGACCAGAAGGUAAAGCUGAACACAGCUGAACUGGAUUUUGCAACAACUCUAAAGCUGAAGGAGCUUCAAGAGAGAUUCCCUAGUGCCGACAAGGAAUUGCUUGAUAGCAUAUUUGUGGCAAACAACUUUGCACUCGGUCCAACUAUAGAAGAACUGCGAAAUUCCGGCGUUCGAGAAUUGUCCCUGCAGUCAGUUGCCGGCACAUCAAGACUUGGUCAGUCCACAUCAGCUGCCAUGCAUCUGGCAGGGGAUCCCACACUGGAGACUGGCUAUGAGGCUGGAUCGGACUUCCAGCAGCUACAGGGCCCAGAGUAUCACGACUUCCGCGCCGAAGCCUUCCAGCAUCACAAGCUGCGGCAGGAGUGCUUCCAGAAGGCGGCCGUCGCUCACGGCCAGAACAUGCACCAGGUGGCAGUCUACUACGGGCAGCAGGGCCGCCUUCACACGCAGAAGAUACUGGAGGCAAACAGCAGAGCAGCCGAGCGGAUUCUGCACUACAGGAACGCGGAGACGGAUGCCAACAUGCUAGACGUUCACGGCCUGCAUGUCACCGAGGCCAUAGACGCCGUCGAAAGGUUCCUCGCCUGCAGGGCAUCCGAAUGUGCACAAUCUGCAACCAGGUAUAUCUCGAUCAUUACUGGUAGAGGUGUUCACAGCAAGGGUGGCUCAGCAAAAAUUAAGCCUGCAGUAAUCGACUAUCUGCGACGACAUAAUUACAGAGUUGCUGAGCCACAACCAGGAAUGGUGCAAGUGUAUCUGAAUUAAUCCGUGUCUCAAAUCGAAGUGACGCUCAGUUAAGCGCCUAGGCACCGGGCCGUCUGACUCCUGCGAUCUGAAUUAAUUGUAAUGACAAUAUGCCAGACUAUAGGCACUAGCCUGUGUGGUUACCGUGAGUGAUGGAAUGCCCCAUAUGCUUUUGGAUGCAAGGUAAAUGUACACAUGUAUUUUAAUUGGUGUGCAGGAUGGUCUAACUGAAGAAAGGUCGUGGCAAUAAUGAUUGACGUUUGAUGUUCGGAUGAUGAAGCUUAACAUAGUUACAUUUAGACGUUGUUUAAUUGCUCAUUUUAGAUCGUAUUGACAUUUUAUUAUAUUGAUUAAAUUAAAAUUUCUAUUUUUAGAUUAUGGCAGUUUUAUCUAGUUAUGUCUAUAUAGAUGUACUAUGUGAGAUUACCAUGAUUGUUAUAGACAUACUAUAUUAUCCAAGACAUGAAUAAGUGCUGUGCAAUUUUUACGUAAUCGUAUUCUGUAUCGUCUGUAUUUUCAAUUUAAUCUGUAGAUUACGUAGUGAAAUUGAGCGUUUGUUAUUUUAUGACGUUUCUACAUGCACAUAUUUUCGUAACGUGCUACAGAAUUUCAUACUAAUUAUGUGCGUUCUGAGCAGAGAAUUAUUGAAAAUAAUUUUUAUAAUGAAUAUUAUACAUUUGUUGAUUUUUAUCGUGAAGAUGUACAAUUAGAUGAGAAAUAAAUUUGAAGUGUCUAGAAAUAUAGAAGAUAUGCAUCUUAAGUGUGUUGUUGCCUGCAAAUUAUUAUUAUCACUGUUGUUAAACUAUAAUAUAUUGUUGAAUAAAGUGUUACCACUUGUACAUUUCUAUGCAAGUAACAAUUAGUAAUAAUUACAGUAUCGUUAUUUAUAUAGUAUUUCAGUGUAUAAUUGAUAGAUCGUUUUUAUAAACAUGUCAAAGUGUGAAAAAUAAUUCGAGUGCUCACUCACUUGUGACCUGUGUUUAGACUAAAAAAAUCAAGAACAUUUAAAAUUUACUGGUGGGACGUCCUGGACUGAUUUUAGAGCCGGAAGUUUAAACAACUUCAGAUGCUAUUGUGGAUAAUUUUGUCGUAAUAUCAUUCGUAUAGACUCGUGCAUUCACAUGUUUGCUCCUGAUUGUGGUUUGCCGUGUAAGCACUUGCAACAGUUGUUUGUGUUAAUAAAUAUGAUAAUAACCCUA